AUGUCUGACCUUCCACCGAGAGGUCGGGGCACGAGACCCCCUGGGAUUUGUCGCAGGGGCUCAGGCUCUGCUCCACCAGCUCCCCCACCAACAUCGGCUGCUGGCUCAUCGUCCCUGGACGGUGGUGCCUCGCCAAUCUCGCCAGACCCUACCUCGAUUAGGGCCACUUACUUGACAAUUGUCCUGGCUCAAUCCUGCCACACAUCACCCCGCUGCAGGUCCCGUUCCACCACGGGUUCCACCCACUCGUCUGCAGAUGAGUCUGACUCAGGGAUGGCCCACCCCCAGGAGAUGGAGGUCGAGGGCACUCAGGAAGGCGAAGAGGUCUUGAGGGACCCCUCCAUCGACCAACUUCUAGGUCAAUACUCCUUGAAGUUCCGAGACACUGUCGAGGACCUUCCUGGAGAUCUCGAGGUAUUGACCACCUCCAUUGCGAAAGCCACAGAUUGGAUUCUGCAGGCUGCACAUCAUGAUCCGCUCUCCAUCAAUGGGGGUGAUGUGUUCGUGGCUCAGAUGACGUCCUUUGUGAAUGCCGUCAUGGCCACCGACUUUAGUCGCAUUUGCGGACCAGGCGAACUUGACAACUUUUUGCUUGCCUCUCUUCUCGAGGCCGAGACGUCUUUCAAGGAUGAGCGACCAUUCACCCGGCUCCCAUGUUCAGGCCUCCCCCUCCUGCUGCCCGCAUUGGACGACCUAGGUCACCCAGCCUCCCCCUCUCGCAUCCCUGCCUCCAAGAAGCUCAAGGGUGUUGAUCGUUCAGUUCCACCCCCUCCUCAGAAGAAGAGCAAGGUGGCCUACUCUCGCCCUGCACUUCUAUAA